GACAUGACCGAGCAGUUAGUUCUCAAAGGUAGCCUGAAGGGCCACAAUGGCUGGGUCACACAGAUCGCAACCACUCCUCAAGUGCCCAACAUGAUCCUUUCGUCGUCAAGAGAUCACACAAUCAUCCUGUGGGAGUUGGGUGAAAGUGGUAGUGAUAACUACGGAUACGCCAAGAGAGCCCUUACCGGCCAUUCUCACUUCGUUUCCGACGUCGUUGUUUCUUCAGACGGUCAGUUCGCUCUGUCUGGAUCAUGGGACAAGUCCAUGAGGCUGUGGGAUCUCAACACGGGAGCAACUACUCGUCAAUUCUGGGGUCACGAGAAAGAUAUCCUUUCAGUCGCCUUCUCCGCUGAUAACAGGCAGAUCGUUUCCGGAUCCAGAGACAAGACCAUCAAGCUGUGGAACACUUUGGCCGAAUGUAAAUACACAAUCCAAGAAGAUUGUCACAGUGAAUGGGUAUCAUGUGUCAGGUUCAGUCCUAACCAGAAGAACCCACUUCUUGUUUCAGCUGGCUGGGACAACAUGGUCAAGGUAUGGAACCUCCAGAACUGCAAGCUGAAGACCAACCAUGUCGGUCACAACGGACACCUCAACACCGUAACCAUCUCCCCUGACGGUUCCCUGGCUGCUUCCGGUGGACAAGACACCAAGACCAUGCUGUGGGAUCUCAACGCAGACAAACAUCUCUACACUUUGGACUGUGGUGAUGCCAUCAACGCCCUCGCCUUCUCUCCCAACAGAUACUGGCUCUGUGCCGCCACCGGCUCUCAAAUCAAGAUCUGGGAUCUCGAAGGAAAACAGAUCGUCGAUGAGAAGAAAUUGGAAAACACAUCGAACAACGGUGCCGUCGCUUGCACUUGCCUCGCUUGGUCUUCAGAUGGCCAAACUCUUUACGCCGGCUACACGAAUAACGAAAUCUGCGUCUGGGAAGUCCAGUCGACUUAAUUUUAUUAAUUUAAAUUUUUACCUAUUGUGAAA